GAAUUUCUCUGCAAGACAAAGAUUUAAGUGUAUUAGACGAAUUGGUGGCAGAAAUUUGCGGGGAACAAAAACCAGAAAGUCCAGAACCGGACAAAAAAAAUGAUUCACCUACUAACAAAAAUAACCAGCCUAAUCCUCCAACUCAGCAUGAUAUCAAUAAAAAAUACCAAAAUGACGCUCAAAAACAGGAAAUAAAAAGAAAGCAAUCUAAUUUUCAAAUUGUUACUGAACUAUUACAAUUAAAGAAAGAUUAUCCAAAUAUUUAUCAAUUAUUGAAUAAAGAGGGAAGGGUAGAUAAAGUAAUUACUAAAUUACAAGAAUUAGAGAAAGGCCAAAAAAAUAAUCAGCAAUUGCGAAAAAAGUCCCAGUUCCAAGUAGAAAUUUUUUCCACUGCACAACAAGCAUUAAGAGAAGUCAACAAGUAUGACCUAACGAUUAUUGACGGCCCCGCCCGAACCAGUCAUGCGACGCUAGAGAUCGCCCAAAAAUCCGAUUUAGUAAUUCAGCCGGCUGGACCUAGUUUGGAUGAUUUAGUGCCAGCGGUCAAGGAAUUUCACGCCUUAGUGCAAGCGGGAGUGAAAAAAAAGAAAUUAAUUUUUGCUCUGAAUCGGAUUGCUACCCCAGCCGAAGAGGCUGGGGCUCGGAAAUAUUUAAGUAAGGCGGAUUACUCGGUGUUGAUAACCCCCUUGUUGGAAAAAACUUCUUAUCGGCAGGCACAAAAUCAGGGUUUAGCGAUUACGGAAGUUAUUUAUAUGGGUCUGAAAGACCAAGCCAAGAAAUUAAUUCAAGAAAUCAUCAAAAAAGUCAAUGAACAAUAA